AUGAUUGACUUCCAACUGUCGCCAGAGCAGCUGGCACUCCGAAAUGCUGUCAGAGGCUGGGCAAAGGCUCACCUAACAGCAGCGCGCUCGGUAUACGAGGGGCAGAGCGCCUCGCCCGAGCAGUGGCGGGAACGCUUCCGCUCGACCCAACCGAUCUAUGCCGAAGCAGUCAAGGCCGGCCUUAUCAAGGCUCAGAUUCCGAAGGAGCUUGGUGGCGGAGGAGGUCCAUUGAUUGAGGCAGCCUUGGUGGUCGAGGAGUUUUAUGCAGUCGAAACCAGUGCUUCUCUAACCAUCCUUGGGACAGGCCUCGGCUUGACACCUUUGAUUAUGGCGGGAAGCCCGGCUCAACACGAGAAGUUCUUUAAACCUUUUCUCGAAGGGACAGGCACGCCGAUGGCCAGUUUAGUCUUUUCUGAACCAGAGGGAAGCGCCAACUUUGCCGAGGCUGGAGCACCUGGUUUCCAGACUGUUGCACGUGAUGAAGGGGAAGAAUAUGUUAUCAGCGGUGAAAAGAUCUGGGCAACAAACUGCUCCGGGUGGGAUGAUCGCGGUGCCGACGUUCAGUGCGUCUUAUGCCGUGUUGCUGGAUCUGCACCAGCCGAGGACGUCCGCGGCCAAACUGCCAUUAUUGUUGUUACAAGGCAAGACAUUGCCGCGAACGAUCCAAGCGCCUAUCAGGUAUUAUACCAUCCCCAAACCAUUGGGCACACGGCGGUCAACGGGCCGCACAUCCGAUUCAAGGACUUGCGCGUGCCAAAAUCAAACUUGCUCGCACCUCCAGGCAAGGGCGCCGAUGUGGUUGAAAUGACCUUCACAGCUUCGGCAGCUCUCGUGGGCGCCAUGGGGGUAGGCAUCAUGCGGCAGACCUUUGACCGUGCUUUGGCCUGGGCCAAAACCGAGAAGCGAGGCUCGACGGAGACGAUGAUCCAGAAGCAAAGCGUAGCGGAUUUGUUGAUCAAGAUCAAGACUCGAUGUGAGGCUACGAGAGCUCUAGUUUGGAAGGCCGCGCACUGCUUCGGGCGGACGCGAUAUGGAGCCGAGCUGUGCUACGAAGCCAAGAUUUUGGGUUCGGAAAGCGCUGUAGAGUCAGUCAUGGAUGCUAUUAAUCUGGUCGGGGUUUCUGCAUAUUCGACCAAGCAACCUUUCGGGGACCUGCUGAACGAUGCAGUGGUGUUGCCGAUUUUCGAUGGUGGUAACGUCGGCGUUCGGAGGAGACAGAUCGAGCGCAUCUUUGCCAGCGAGGGAUAUGAUCCGUGGGAGACAACAUUCGGCUCGGAUCAGUGA